GAAAUCCGACACCGGAACUAGCUGUAGUCGUCGCGUCGACCUUGACGGAGGUUGAGUUUUGAAGGGGAGCCAACGGACGGAGCCUCUGAUCCCGCAGACCCUCACCAGACCUCGUCCCGCUGCACAUAUUACAGCUUAAAUGUAAAAACAAGUGCUGGUACUUAGUUAGGUAAAAAUAAAUAUAGAACUUUCCUUUAAAGAGUGGAUCUCAGCUUUCUUUUUUCUUCUUCUUCUUGUGAUUGAGAGUGGAGAAGUAGACUACAGCUAGAAGAGCUUUUUAUUAGCUUGUGUCAACUUUGUGGAAAUAUGUAACUGAGAGAAAUGAGACUGUAACAUGGAGCAGUCUGCUACUCUGGACAUAGAGACCCUCAAGAUUACCCAGGAGCAGUUUAUCCUUGCAUCCCAGUCCCUGCACCUCCAGCGCCCGGGCUGUGAGGCUGUGUACCCAGUGGGUCUUUAUGGCUGGAGGAAAAGAUGCCUCUAUUUCUUCCUGCUGCUGCUCCUGGUCACCAUGAUAGUUAACCUGGCCCUCACUGUCUGGAUCAUAAAGGUCAUGAAUUUCUCAGUGGUUGGGAUGGGAAACCUCCAGCUGAACCAGGACGGGAUACGCCUGGAGGGAAUCAGCGAGUUUCUGCUGCCUCUGUAUGUGAACGAGAUCCAGUCCAGGAGGGACAGCUUGUUGGUCUUGCGGUCAGAGAAGAACGUAACGCUGAAUGCCAGAAACAGCCAAGGCCAGCUAACCGGUCAGCUGACUGUGGGACCUGAUGCUGUGGAGGCUCAGUGUCAGAGGCUGGAGGUGCGAAGCAGAGACGGCAGCAGACUCCUGUUCACUGCAGAUGAGGAGGAGGUUAUCAUGACAACAGAAAAGUUCACAGUCACAGGCUCGGAAGGCGCCAUGUUCGGCCACUCAGUAGAAACUCCCCUGAUCCGGGCGAGGGCUUCUGAAGACCUGAAACUGGAGUCUCCGACACGAACGCUGACCAUGGAGGCUCCCAGAGGGGUGGAGGUGAACGCUGCCAAGGGGACGCUCAGGGUCAACGGUCGCAAGGACCUACAGCUGGAGUCCACAGAGGGAGAGAUACUCUUAGACGCCAACAGCGUUCAUCUUGGAAACCUCCCACUUGGCACAUACGCAGCGUCUCCCGUCGAGGCCUCCCAGGAACAGGCGGUGUACGAGGUGUGCGUUUGCCCCAGCGGCAAGAUCUACCUCUCUCCUGCAGAGACCAGCUCCACCUGCCAGGCCAUGAGCAACAUCUGCCUCUGGAGCUGACCUGGGAGCGGCGUCUGCCAGCGAGGACAUUUUGCGACACCUGCUCUGGAGCUGGAGCGUCUCGGAAGGGACUCUUUAUAUGACAGGAAGUGGAAAUGCGCCGGGAGCUGGUACUUAGACGCUUCACUCUCUGCGUUCAGAAGCAAGCUGCCGCCUGCAGUGGAUUAAUGGAGGUCAGGACUCUUCCACUGACAGCGUCUGAGGAAGGGAAGUCACAGGGGAAGCUGUCUGAAAUCAGGAAUAGCACGUGUACAGGAGAAUUUCCACUACCUUAUUAGAGUCAGAGGACACAACUUUUAUUUUUCUACUCCAGGGUUUAUUGUAGACAAGCGGUUGACAUGUGUCGACGGGAGGUGCCUUCAGCUUUAAAUGGCGUCGUGUUAAAACCGUUGGUGAUGGCAGAAAGUGAAGGAAGCACAAUUGUUUUUACCCCACAAAAAAUCCAGAUUGUUUUCUUUGAGUAACAUUCAUAGAUAUGUUGUUUUUUUUUAUGUUGGAGUUAAGAUUAAACCUGUUUUUAUGUGGCA